AUGGCGGCGAUACAAGUUGCCAAACUGGCUGGUGCCGAGAUCUUUGCGACGGUAGGUGGCGACCAUAAAGUCGAGUAUCUGAUGCGCAAGUUUGGUAUCCCCCAAAGCCAUAUUUUCAAGUCUAGAGACGAUUCAUUUUACGAUGGGGUAAUGCGAGAAACAAAGGGCCGCGGGGUGGACGUCGUACUCAACUCCCUCUCCGGGGAUCUCUUGCACGCGUCCUGGCGGUGCGUCGCGCCGUUUGGCAUCUUGGUGGAGAUUGGCAAGCGAGACCACAUGGAAAAUGGAAAGCUGGACCUGGGGCCCUUCUUGGCCAACCGGACAUAUUCUUGUUUCGACGGGAAGGAGUUUUCACUGCAGCGGCCCGAAGUCAUGGGAAGGCUGCUCGAAAAGUACUUGGGAUUGUACGAGCUUGGUAUCUUGGGCGCAAUGCCAGAAGUUCGAAAUUUUGAUGUCAAGGAGGUGGAGCAGGCGUUCAGGUGGCACCAGGACGGCCAGCAUAUUGGCAAAGCGGUGGAUGCGCCAUUCGUGGACAUGACUUGGGCACAAUGGAAUGCGGCAACUCGGCCCAAGAUUGACGGCGCUUGGAACUUGCAUACCGCGCUCAUUGACCAAAAGCUCGACUUUUUCUUUCUUGCAAGCUCUGUUGUGACUACCACUCAUAGCCCAGGACAAGGAAACUACUGCGCAGCCAAUACGUAUCUGGAGGCAUUGUGCCAAUACCGGCAAGGUCUCGGCCUGCCAGCGUCUGUCUUGGGUAUAUGCCCAAUUCGCGGGGCCGGCUUUGUCGCAAGCAGCGCCAGAGCGCAGCGCAAUAUGAAGGCACAGGGUCUCUACAGCUUAAACGAGCAAGCGUAUCUCGACUUUGUCGAGCACUCGCUGUUAUCCAACACGUGCCGUGCUGUCAUCGCGCCAGAGUCCUCUUCUCAGUCGUUUUCUUCGUGGAAGAACGAAUCCCACGUGGUGAUGGGGCUCCGCUCGGAGCUCGAUCUGCAGGACCCCAACAACAAGACAAACUGGCGGAGGGAUAGGCGGAUGGGGAGCUAUCAUAAUGUGCGCAAUAAUACUGUAAAGGAGCUGUCGUUGGAUGCAAAUGAGCUCAAAAUGUUUCUAGACAGGGCUGCGCAGGAAGGAGAGGCACUUUUGCUGUCUCAAGAAGGUGCCCACUUCCUGGCAGCGGAGAUUGGGCGCAAGGUGUACAACAUCAUGUUGCGGCCGGAAGGCGAGACGGCAAACGUGUCGGCGAGCCCGGCCGAGCUAGGGGUGGAUUCACUGAUGGCCACGGAGCUCAGGAGAUGGUUUCGGCAGGCGUUUGGACUCAAGAUCAGUGUGCUGCAGAUUCUCAGCGCGGAGUCGCUCGAACAGCUGGGGCGGACGGUGGGGGCGGGCUCGCUGAGAGUGCGGCGGAGAAAAAGUGAGUAG